AUGUGUUUUUUGUUCUGUCUUCAGUCCAGCGAAGUCCAGACUGACUCUGAUGAGGAGAAACCUUCAGCUUUCCAUGACACCAACAAAGAUAAAGGGUUCCUGAAUGUUCUGAUGAACUGUCAGUGGCAGAACUUACUGUGUCAGGUUGAGGGUGGAGUCCUCAACAUGUUCGGAGAGGACAUCGAGAAACAGGAGGAAGGGGAGAGGCGGUCGCCUCAGUACACGGUCCAACUCAGAGGCUGUGAGGUCGGAGCCGGGGCAGACAAAGGCCACGCCAACAGGAUCUCACUGAGCAUGCUCGGUGACCAGGUAGCUGUGCUGGAGGUGAGCUCAUCAGAGGAAAAACAAAAAUGGCUGAAGCUGUUGCAGGACGGGGCUGCUGGUCAUGGUUGUCAAGACAAAAACACUCAGGAGCAAACAGGAACUGCCCUGAGCGGCCUGCAAACUCGCAGAUUUCCCGCCUCCAACACCUACAUGGACGAUCCCUUCUGCCUGAGCAGAACCAUCAGAAACCAGCCCGUCUACUCCAACUCCUCCUUACUGGAACCCAUGCUUCACAGCUCUCAGGAUUCAGUUCACCGUAACUCGAUGGCCUCCAGGGACUCUGUGACCUACAGCAACACGGUUCUAAGCGGCGGCAGCAACACAAAGGCGGCAGCAGUGCAGCGCGACGUCCAGAAACUGAAGCUGGUUGACGCACCGACGGUGCAGCUGAGAACCGGUUCUGAAGCCAACCUGGUGUCCGCUGUGAGGCGAAACAAACGCACCUCCUUCAGGCAGUCUCUGGCCAUCUGCACUGAGCGUGCUCAGGCGGGUUUCCUGAACCCUUUGCUGCGACGGACGGCCUCCGCUAAAAACUCGCUGCGGCGAGCUCCUUCGGCGCUCUUCAUUGAACACGGAAAGGUUUUCCAGAGGAAAAAGGAAUGGGAGACCAAAGCUGCAGCCUGAUGUCCUCAAUCAGGUCCACCAUCUACAGCCUGACAGGAAAAUCAGCGUCACUAAAAGGCCUCUGAGAAGCUCUCUGCUCGGAUUGGUCACUUGGACUUAAACACCGUUUUUACACACCGAAGAAACCAGGUUUUCUCUUUAAGGGAUUUUCAGAUUCAAAUGUUUAUUUUCCUCAGGAUCAGAAAAACCUUCAACUUUUCUUGAGCGCCGUCCCUUUAAGGCCGCCGUCCAUCUACUUCUGUUUGGAGAAUAUUUAAAUCCCAGUGAGGAGCUGGGAACAGAUGAUAACUGGGAACACUGAUUAGCGAUGAACAGAGGCUAGGGGCCCCGGCUGCCAGGGGCCCCGGCUGCCAGGGGCCCCGGCUGCCAGGGGCCCCGGCUGCCAUGGGCCCCGGCUGCCAGGGGCCCCGGCUGCCAGGGGCCCCACAGGGACACAUGAAUAAACCUCUACUUGUGCUGGUACGUAUUCGGCACAUAAUACAGAAAUGUUCCAAACGGUGCUAAAUGCUAAUGCUAGUGAAUAACAGGAACCUGAUGCUGUUGGUUAAAGAGGGUAUGGCAACCCCAUGUAUCAUAUAAUGGGGACCAAUUAAUUAUUUAUUGAGAAGUAAACAAUAUCAUCCUAACCCACAAAAAUAUUUUACAUACUAAUUUUUAAUACAUCUUUUUAAGGCUGUAAGUAAGGUCAAAUUAUAUAAAAACAAAUUUUUUCAGGCCAAAGUAGAUUUGAACCUUCUAUGACGGAGUAUUAGGGCCAGGCUAGACAUUUUUUAUUUUUUAUUUAUUGUUGAGAAUAAAGUUGUAACAUUACCAGAAAAACGUUGUAACAUUACGAGAAUAAAGUCUUAAUAUUAACAGAAUAAAGUCGUCUUCUUGGAAGAGAUGUCAUAAAAUACAACUUGUUUCUCAAUUUUAGCACUUCAUUCUUUUAAUAUUAAGACUUUAUUCUUAUUUUACAAUUUUAUUCCCGUAAUGUUACAACUCUACACUCGUAAUUUGAUGAUUAUUCUUGUUGCGACUUUGUUCUCGUAAUUUUAUGGCUUUAUUCUCGAAAUAGAGGAAAACUACAACUCGACAUUCUCAACCUUCAGCCGAGAUCAGGUUGAUCUGCAGCUGGAAGAAAAAGGGGUCGAUGAACCAACUGUGGGCCCCUCUUCUGCCCUGGGCCCUAGAAUCACCAGAUCUGCCUCUGGGGACUAAAUAUGUGAAACUCUGCUGCCUUUAAAAAAACAGAAAACAUCUAAAUUAACAAAAUGGUUUGUUUGGUUAUCUGUGUUUUUCUAACAUCAAAAACUGAGGACCAAUGGCUGGACAGGAAAUGACAUCAUAAGCCUUCCUACACUGUAAAUAGUUUAGGAAUUAAACUCAACCAACCAGGCUUUGCUUUUAAAUUUUCUAAACUUUGAAUUGUAUUUUUCUAAGGAAGAGGAUUGAGGUCACUGAAAAAAUAAAAAAUGUAACUGAUUUUAAAAUUGUAUUUCAGUAUAAUAUGAGAAAAAGAAAAAUUCUGACAUUAUCUCAGAAUUCUGACUUUUUUCUUAGAAUUUUGACUGAAUUCUAACAGCUAACAAACGUGUUAGCAUCCAGCCGUAGCCGUGUCUGUUUUAGAGACCAGACUAGCUCUCUUGUUUUAAUCACCUUCUGCUCUUCCAUUAAUGAAAUAUAAUCAGCAGGGACCCUCAGGGACGGAAAAAGACUAAUAACUAUCUGAGCCUAAUUCCAUCAUUUCCACCAAUGUGUUCCUGUUCCUCCUAAACAACUCACAUCUUUGUCAAUGAAGCUGAGUGCUCCACAUCUCUACCUUCAUCUACA